AUGGGAUUACCUCUCAGGAUGGAUAAUCUGCACGCACCGACCGUCCCCUCAGGCCCAGCCAGCUUCCUUACUUCCAAGGAGGAUUACACCAAGUUGACGUAUCUCGAAUUGCAAGCGCAGAAAAUUCAGAUGGAGACGGAAAUGCAAGCUUUAAGUGCCAUUCUUGAUUCACACGGGUCGAACAUGACCACUCCGUUGACCACCAGAGAUGGAUUUCCAAGGGCAGAUAUUGAUGUUGCCCAAGUGCGCACAACUCGCGCCCGCAUCAUCCACCUCCGCAACGACUAUAAAGAUCUCAUGGCAGUUGUGACGCGCCAUCUAGACGAGUACUUCGCACGCCCAGGCUCAGAGGACGACGCUGCACAGGAUGUUCCGACAACUGCCCCGAGAGCGACAGCGCACACGACUGACCGUCCGUUUGCGCGAGUCAAUUCUGUGACUGGAGGCAGUCCAGCUGAACAGGCAGGACUCAAAAUAGGAGAUGAGAUAGUGAAUUUUGGGCAUGUGAACCGUAGUAACCACGACAGCCUAAAGAAGGUUGGCGAGUGUGUGCAGGCAAAUGAGCAGAGAAAUGUGGCAGUUCAGAUCAUACGUAGCAGACAGGGCGACAUGCAAGAGGUCCGCACACUUAAUCUCGUCCCAAACCGAGAUUGGGGUGGCAGGGGGCUUCUUGGCUGUCAUAUCCUGCCUCUUUGA